UAAUAAGGUAACAACUUACUAACAAGGGGAGCGUGGCUUAGCUCUAAGUUUUACGUACCCGCGCGCGCAGCCGCAAUUUCUACCGUUGACCUUUGUUAUCUGGAAGUUUAACUCGAUGCUGACCGAAUUGAUGAUUAGGAUCCAGCUUGACCAGUAGCUGACCAACCCAUGGGCAUAUUCGUUGAUGAAACACCCGAACAAUCGUUAAUGACGAUCUGGGGGCGAGGCCUGUUACAACCAACUUCAACAAAACAUUUACCUAUUUCUCUUUUCUUUUAUUCCAAACUUCAGACGAGCGUCGCGUCACUAAUUCCUUAAUCUAAUUGCGUUGCGCAUAAAAACGACUUGGAUUGGGACGAAGUUCAUUUUUAAAUACCUUCAUUACCCUUGGCUCCUUCAAAAGCCACUUACAACACCCAAACGAUGCUUAUUGGCGGCCAGCCGUGAUACCUAAUCACUCUAACCGCAACUCCCAAUCCUGCCGUUGGAUCCGUGAACUCUUCCUUUUAAAUUCACAGCUCCCUUUGUCAUUCUUAAACUACAUUUCUAGAAACCGACAUCAUGUCUCAAGCUUCGAUAUCGAACUCGAGUACGGCCGGUGCUCCCAUACAAUUAUCCUCCAAAGGCACGGCGGCUGCCCCGAAACUAAACUCGCAAGAUUUGGAGAUGGGCAACCUCCCAGGCGGCGACACAACGUCGUCCGAGCCCGAUAUUAUGCAAAUUGCAAGAGUGGGAGAUAUAGCAGCAAUGGAGAAGCUUUUUGAGUCCUCCGACUACGACGCCACAUAUACAGAUGAUGAGGGGAUCACGCCGCUCCAUUGGGCCGCUAUCAACAAUCAGUAUGCUAUGGCUAAAUUUCUUAUCGAAAAAGGCGCCGACAUCAAUAAAAAGGGUGGUGAGAGUGUCGCAACGCCGUUACAAUGGGCGGCCCAACGAUCCAAUUAUUAUACGGUGAAUCUCCUCCUUCAACGUGGCGCCGACCCCCUCAUAAGCGAUGCCCAAGGCUACAAUACCCUACAUAUCUCGACUUUUAGCGGAAACGUUUUGUUGGUAGUCUUGUUAUUACACCAGGGCAUCCCCGUCGACGUAGCUGAUGCUUAUGGACACACCAGUCUGAUGUGGGCGGCAUAUAAGGGCUUUCCCCAGUGCGUGGACCUCUUUUUACGAUGGGGCGCAAGUGUUCAUGCGACCGACGAGCAGGGUUUUACGGCGCUGCACUGGGCGUUGGUGAAGGGGUCGCCGCUAUGUGUAUUGAAGCUUCUAGAGUACGGUUCUGACCGUUUUGCGAAGACGGAGACAGGAAAGACCCCCGCAACAACGGCUAAAGAGCUCAAUACUCUCAAUGCAUGGCACAGAGCUUUAAAAGAGUGCGGCUAUGAUGAAGAUGCGCAGGCUAUUACACCUUGGUGGCCUGGGGCGUCCUUCUUUCUCAAGGAUAAGCGAGGGUUCAUGAACAAAUUCUUGUUUCUGCUACCCAUUCCGCUAUUGUUUAUGGAGUUGAUGAUCUUUAGUCAUCUCCCUCUUCUCUUAUCCGUGCCAAUAUCGUUGGCGGUUGGGUUCGGUUUUCAGUGGAUUACGAAUCAACUGCUCGAAUUUGCGCCUCCAGAUAUGAGACAUUUACAUAAAACGCCUUGGUUAGCUGGUAUAUUCGCGGCGUCACUCUUUCUGGCGGGCUUACGCUGGAUUACGGUUGUACUUCCUGCCACCUUCUCGGAUCACCCCUUGCUAAAUUUUGGGUUUCUCCUAUUUUACGGUCUCACGGGCUAUUUCUAUGCGGCUUGCAUGGUUUUUGAUCCCGGCUACGUUCCAAAGCUCAAUGGAAUUGCGGAGCAAAAAGCCGUGAUUGAUGAGUUGUUAAGUUUGUGGAAGUUUGAUGAAUCCAACUUUUGCGUCACUUGCAUGAUUCGAACCCCUCUAAGGAGCAAGCAUUGCCGCCGAUGCCAGCGAUGUGUAGCAAAACAUGACCACCACUGUCCUUGGGUCAACAAUUGUGUUGGCGUAAACAACCAUAGGCACUUUUUUCUCUACUUGGUCAACUUAGUCUUCGGCAUUGUUGCCUUCGAUUGGUUGCUUUAUCACUACUUUUCCGAAUUGCCCAAAUCGGACGACGAUGAUUGUCUCCUUUUAGCAGAGCCCAUCUGUAAAGUCUUCAACGUCGACUCAUAUACCAUGCUUUUAGGUUUAUGGACCACGUUGCAGCUUACGUGGGUCGGCAUGCUUAUCUUCGUGCAAUUUGUGCAAGUCGCACGUGCCAUGACAACUUACGAAAACAUGUAUGGUAUCCAGGACGGUUCGGCCUCUUCUCUCGGAUCAGCAUUCACUAGUACUGGAGCGCCUCUGGAUCCCAACCACCCCGAUGCCGCGCCUGCGUCUGCUGCUGCGGACCCGCUAGGCACCAGAAAGGGGGGGCACCAACACAAGAAGGGCUUCUUAAAACAAUGGGGUCAGCUACUAGGCGUAGAUACGUUUAUCGAGACGGCUACGGGCCGCAGCGCCGCCACCGGCAAGAAGACACAAAAGAAACGAAACCCGUACAACAAGGGCCUGGUGCAAAACUGCCGCGAUUUCUGGUGCGACCCAGCGCCUAUAUUUGGACGCAGGGAGACGGGCGACGCGAUCCUCGGCGGCGAGAAGAUCAACUACACCGAUAUAUACGAGAGCCCUGCCGCUAUGAGUUUCGGUCUUUCCGGUGGCAGUGGGCGCAGGAGGGGUGGGUAUGAGAGCGUGGCGGUGGAGGAGGUAUGAUGGAAUUGCUUGUUGUUUUUUUUUGGUUUUUUUAUGCUUGAUGACCGUCAGUGGCUGAUGAACACGUGGUUGGGAGGGAGGUGGCUUCUGGACGAAAACCUGUUGUCAAGAAAGCUGGUGUUCAAUGAUUAGGUACGUAGGGGUAACGAAAGCUUACUUAGAAUGUACACUACUACUCAAACUUGUGACGUCUAUUAUCAGGCCCCUAGGUACCUACCUCUAGUUGCGGAGGUUCGUAGGAUGGUAUUGUACACAGCCGGGGUGCUAGAACAUGAACAUUCGGGGCAUUGAAUUAUGGACGGGUGGCUUUCAAUGCAGUACUUAAGCUAGUGGGUAGACUUUGCUCUGCCUAGUUAGGUAGGUAUCCAGUAUUUACUCUAGGUCGUUUGAAGCGAGUUUUCUUCUCGUAUCCAUAGGUAUAGGGGAAACCCCCUGGCCCGAGAUCUGUAUUGUCUUAUAUGAAUAGGAGGAACGGUUUCGUGUGUUGUUGGCAUUUUGAUUGCAAACCUACCUAAGAUGAUUCACAACCUUGGAACUCAAGAAACGGG